AUGCAGAUCGGCCAAUCCGAGUUCAUCAACACAGUUGAUACAAACAAACUUGACGCUGAACUACCAGAGGAACAGCUAUUUGCGUCGGAUAUGGAAGAAUCAGACCGGCCCAAGAAGCGGCUUCGCAGUUCAGACAAUGCUGCAUCCGAUACCCCACACAUUUUGGACAACAUCCAGCCUGUGAUGUCUAACCUCGAUCCAAACCCCGCUUCUAAUGUCAUCAUCAAUGGCACCAGCGACUCUUUGUUAAACCCAUCCGUGGGUGGGAAUGGUGACACUCCCCCUGAAGCAGUGUCAAUGUCUCUUACAUCAUCUUUCGACCCAAGAAUUUCUACUUCCCCUUUCACAACCCCCGAGCAAACAUCUAUCCCAUCUUUCGUGGCAGGUGUGAAUAUCCUCGACAGUGGAAAGGUGGACCGAGCUAAAUGCCGGCCACGUUCAUCCAUUCCUACUCAUUUGAAACCCGAGGAAUAUGGUCAGCAGUGUGUAGCAGCUGCCUACGCAUCUCGUCUGGAUCCUUAUUCCCUUCAUCCAAAAGAACAAGAGCUUCUACAGGAUCUUCUUUGUCACAUUCAUGUUACUCUCUACCUCAACAUCCGCAAUGGUAUUCUCCGCCUCUGGACCCGGAACGCCAUGCUCAGUGUCACCAGGGAAGAGGCCCUUGGUGUUGCAAAGGACUACCGCUGGAUGAAUCUAGCUUCUUUCGCAUACGAUUGGCUGGUACGGUAUGGUUACAUCAACUUCGGCUGCGUUGAAGCUCCCGUGCCUCUUCUUCCAGGAAGAAGAGGCAGACGGAGAGAAGGGGCAGUCAUUGUUGUCGUGGGCGCCGGCGUUGGUGGGCUAGGCUGUGCACGUCAGCUGGAAAGUCUGCUACAUCAUUACCGGGACUCAGAAACUGCCCCUCGAGUUGUGGUACUGGAGGGACGUGGAAGAAUUGGUGGAAGAGUCUAUUCACACCCCCUUUACAGUAUGGAGUCCGAAGCCCUACCUCCGGGACUCGUUCCCAAGGCAGAAAUGGGUGCACAGAUUAUCGUUGGCUUUGACCGCGGUAAUCCACUCGACGCGAUCGUUCGAGCUCAAUUGGCUCUGCACUACCAUUAUCUACACGAUUCUUCCACUAUCUACGAUGUUGAUGGCUCUCCUGUCAAUGAGGUUCUGGAUUCAAUGAAUGAAAAGCUUCACGUUAACUUAUUGGAGCGAACUGGCGCUUACCGCCACGACGUGCUUAUCACCACCACAGCUGAAGGUGAUCCCGAUAUGAUUGACACUGGCCGUGAGUCUACUAGCGACGAUGGUCUUACCGUUCGCCAAUACGAAGAAGCUCGUCGAGCCGGAACUACCCACCUUCUCGAACCCACGAAGCGAAGUCGACGUCAUCGAGGCCCAGGACACAAAACAGUGGAUAUUGAACUCAUUAACGAGUCGGUGGUGGAGCAUGUGGAAACAGAAGAUCCAGCAGCUUCUUUCUGCCUAUCCACGGGUUGGAGAUUGAAUCCCGGCUAUGAUGAAAAUGAUACACUCGAGCUUGAUGGGGUUGCGAAGGCGAAACCGACACAGACUCUCGGCGCUGUGAUGGAUGAAGGUGCCAAACAAUAUCAAAGUAUGCUUCCUCUUACGCCCAGAGACAUGCGACUUCAGAACUGGCACAUUGCCAAUCUGGAAUAUUCCAAUGCGUCUAAUAUCAAUGACCUCAGUCUUUCCGCAUGGGAUCAGGACACUGGUAAUGAAUUUGAGGGAGAGCAUUCACAGGUGAUCGGUGGUUAUCAACAAUUGCCAUACGGCCUGUAUAGUUUGCCCACAGAGCUUGAUGUUCGCACCAACAAAAUCGUCAAAAGCAUCUCCUAUGAUCCGACUGGUUCUGACAAUCAUAAAUCGGUUAUUCAUUGCGAAGAUGGCGAAGAUUUCAUCGCAGAUCAUGUUGUUUUUACCGGCUCUCUGGGCGUUCUCAAGCAUGAGACAAUUGAAUUUGACCCCCCUCUCCCCGACUGGAAGUUGGGUGCUAUCAAAAGAUUAGGGUUUGGGCUCAUGAACAAAGUUGUCCUUGUUUUUAAGGAAGCCUUUUGGGAUGAAACCCGAGAUAUGUUUGGUCUCCUCCGUGAGCCAACUAUCCACAACAGCAUGGAUCCCAAGGACUACGUCACAAACCGCGGAAGAGGCUACAUCUUCUGGAACUGCAUGCAGACCGCCGGAUUACCCGUCAUCACCGGGAUCAUGGCCGGAGACGCCGCCUACGAAACAGAGACCACCCCAGACGCCCAAAUAAUCGAGGAUAUCAUGUCGCAACUGCGAAAUGUAUUCAAGCACACCAGCGUACCAGACCCACUCGAGACCAUCAUAACUCGCUGGGCAUCUGACAAAUUCACGCACGGCAGCUACUCGUACGUGGCAACGGAGGCCCGCGCCGAAGAUUACGAUCUGAUGGCCCGACCAAUCGGCUCCCUGCAUUUCGCAGGUGAAGCCACCUCCCGCAACCACCCUGCAACCGUCCACGGGGCGUACCUCUCCGGUCUCCGAGCAGCCGAAGAAGUGAUCGCAUCUGUCGUGGGGCCGAUCGAGAUAUCCACACCUCUCGUCCCCGACAAAGCUGCCGCCAGCACCACCAUCACCAGCACCAGCAGCACCGUUAACGCGGCUGCAGCUGCCGAUGGCGCUGCCCAGCCCGAGAUCACUUCGGCCGCCCCAGGCCCCUCCAACCAUGUGGCUGACAACAGCCUUCGUCGCGACAGCUACGACCAGGCUACAUGGACGGCUAUCUAUGCCGAGAUCGGUUCGGCUCCGGCUCGCCCACCCAAGGUGGCGUUGAACCCUUUCCUCCUGUACCAGAAAGACUUCUGGUCCAAGUGCCGCGACCAGUGUGAUGAGGCUCGUCGCGCCGGCCCUAGCAAGCCCAAUGCUAAGGCUGGUCGUGACGAGGUCCGCCAUGCACUCGGUCAGAUGUGGCGUAAUGCCUCGCCGGAGGAGAAGAAGCCGUACCUCGACGCAAUCGAGGUCAGCCGUGCCCGGAACGACCGGGCUUGGAGUGAGUGGAAGGUGGAGGCGGCGGAGUGGGACCGCCGGUCUCUGGAGGUGAAGGCCGCGUGGUGCGGCGAGAACCCGUUUGAUGAGUGGGUUGCUCCCUCAUCGCAGGAGUAG